AUGCGCACCUUCGCCCUCCUUCAACUGACCCUUCUUUCUGUUCUUGUAUCUGCACAUCCCGGUGAGGAGCAUGAACACGUCGACGAAGUUGAGCUCGUAGCCAGAGCGAAUGCCAUGCACGCUCGCAGCCUGAAAGCCCGCAACUGCGCGAGUGCCAUAGCCGAGUUCGAGCUUAAGCGCCGCGACGCUCGACUGCCAUUCGCGAAGAGACAGACUACAGCCACGUCGUCAGCAGCCACCCCUCAGUAUACGACCAUCCAGAACACGACUUGCGUUACCGCUUCAGAAGUCACGGAAGGACCUUACUACAUCAACAACGAAUUUAUCAGGACUGACCUUCGCGAAACGCAGACUGGCGUUAAGCUCAUUCUCGACAUUGGUGUCAUUGACACUACAACAUGCGAGCCUUUCGCCGACGCUUUCGUCGAACUCUGGCAUGCUAAUUCUACUGGUGCCUAUGGUGGUUACGUUGGAGCCCAAGGCGCCGCCACAAAUAUCAACAUCGAUACUUUCCUGCGCGGCGGCUACUUCACCAACUCCGAAGGCAUCGUCGAGAUCACCACCCUCUAUCCGGGAUACUACACCGGCCGUACCGCCCACAUCCACACCAUGGUGCACAAGAACAUCGAGCAAAAUGCUAACGGCACCGUCAUUUCAAAGUCUGGCACUUUGACCCACAUCGGCCAAUUCUUCUUCGACGAAACCUGGAACGACGAGGUCUUCAGCCAAUCGCCGUACACGACUACCUCCCAGCAGCGGAUGACGAACGACGAGGACGGCAUCCUCGCUUCUGCCGGAGGCGUUGGUUUCAUCAACCUUUCACUUCUUGGAACGACAAUCUCGGACGGUGUCCUUGGGUAUAUCACCGUCGCCGUUGACUCCAGCCAAUCAUACAGCAUCAACAACGAGAACACUCUCCAGGGCACUCUCACUGGCUCUUCCACUGCCGCCGGCUCAACUUCGAGGGCAUCAACCGCAAGCGCAGCAACGACAUCAAGGACCUCGUCGAGCUCCUCCACGGCUUCUGCAGCUGACUCAGCGAUAACAAGUUCUUCUGCAGCACUUGGUGUGAAGUCGGAUAUGGGCCUUGGUGCCUUCGCUGGCUCUUUGAUGACGAUACUCUUUGCUAUGCUAUAA